AUGGACGCGCCCGUUUUUAGCUACUUCCCCAAACUUCCGCUAGAAUUGAGGGAGGCAAUUUGGAACGAGACGAUGCCUUCAGAUUCAGAUGGACCAGUCAUGUAUCCAUUCGGCGAUCACUUCAUCAACUACACAGCCCAGCCAGCAGAAUCAGCCCAGCCGCUGAUGGUGCAGCUCCCCAUGCCGCCAGCCUUCUUCGUCUGUCGCGAAGCGCGCAGGGUUGCAGAGCGGUGGAUGGCCUCCGUCAACGGAUGGCUGCAUUUCAACAGAGAGACGCAGAGCCACAUCGCCGUACGCGCCUGGAACGAGGAAACGGACCUGCUCUAUGUCCCGCGAUUUAAGUGGCGCUUCUUCUCGCUCCGCAUGUUGGAAGAGACUCCCGAAGAUUGGCCGAUCUACGCCCGGAUGCACAAGAGGGUGAGGAACUUGGCGCUGCCCGCCUUCACCGCGUACUACAGCCCAGCGAGACUCGUCUCAGCCAUGGACCUCGUGCCGGAUCUCACCGCUGUGCACGUUGUUUUCGGGCCCCUGCCGACAGUUCGCGCAUCCGCCCCCGGGGAAGCGUUGGAUGAGGCGGCUGUACAGCCUCGCUGGGCUGUGGAGGUUGAGGACAGCGAGGAGGUGAGGAUGUGUUGCCGCGAUGACCUGACGGGUACAACAUCUUGGGAGACGGGCGAGCUGGAGGAUUUGAUGUAUGAACUCCAUCAGGAGUUGGCGCUUCAAGAAGAUAUCCCAGAACAAUACAUCGACGAUGAAAAGGGCGUGGUCAAACUGCCCUUUCGGCCCGUGAGGCUUAAGAAUGAGUAG